AUGCUUUCACCUACACAAGUCCCUUUACCGACUUCACCAUCUACGACCGCAUCUAGACGAUCAUCUUCUUCGGCUUCAGCAUAUUAUCAUCCUUCACCCCUUUCAUCGCCAUACACGAGCUUUCGACCUCGCUUAGAUAGGAAUCCUACUUCCGCUACUAUAAGACAAGAACCGAUAGAUCCAUUCAGAGAAGGAUCAAUAAUAAGUGUAAAUCAACCUGUUGGUUCUAUAUCUAUCAGUCCGAAUAGUAGAGAUGUCUGUUUAGCUUCAAGGAAAGGAUUAUAUAUCCUUGAUCUGGUGAACCUAAAUAACGCUCCUAGAUUUAUACCUCAAGGUGGAACAUGGCAAAUAGCAGACGUACAAUGGUCACCUCAUCCAGCGACAUCUAACUUGAUAUUAUCUACAUCAUCGCAGAAAUUAUUAGUAUGGGAUUUAGGUGCUCAGAGAUCUUUAAAAAAGAGUAUAGACGCUCAUUCGAGAGCUAUAACAGACAUAAAUUGGCAUGCUCUAAAUCCAAAUUUAAUGGCAACGGUAUCUAUGGAUGCAGGUAUAAGAGGAUGGGAUUUGAGAUGUUGGGAUAGACCUUUUAUGAGAUUAUGCGCUUGGGGCGCAGCUGGAACUCAAGUAAAAUGGAAUAGAAGACAUGAAAAUGUUGUUGCUACUGCUCAUAAUAGCUUGGUUCAAAUUUGGGAUAAUAGGAAAGGAUCAGUACCCCUUACAACAAUACAUGCUCAUGAUUCAAAGAUAUAUGGGAUCGAUUGGGAUAGGAGAGAUAGAGAUAAAUUGGUCACUUGCUCUCUUGACAAAACGAUAAAGUUCUGGACUGUACCUGAACUGUGCUCCUCCUCCUCCAAUGGUGCCGAUUCUGAUCCUUUCGCUCCUGUCACUGCACCUGAAAAACCUACUUCGACGCUCACGACGUCUUACCCUGUAUGGCGUGCACGUAACCUUCCAUUUGGUCGCGGUGUCCAUUCAUUGCCACAACGAGGUGAACAAGCUCUAGAACUUUUCUCUCCGAAUGAUAAUACGCCAGUUGAACGAUUUGAAGGACAUGAGAAUGUGGUCAAGGAUUUCGUCUGGCGUGUCAGAGGAGGUGAAGAUACUUCUUUCGAUGAUAGAGAUUUCCAACUUAUAACAUGGGGUAAAGACCGAACAUUAAGAAUAUGGCCAAUCGAAAGACACUUAAUGGAAAAAGUUGGAUAUAAAUAUGGUGGAGCCAUUGAAGUAUUGGUAUCACGAAGAGGCGCUACAUCAGAUAAAACAUAUACUAUUAGCCCAUCAGAUAAUGAAGAAACAAUCAAAUUACCUCCUCCAUCGAUAAAUCCAAAUCCAAGUUUGUUGACAAGACAAAAGCCGAUCAACAUCACCAACAGCAACUCAAGUACAAACAAGAUAGAAGCGGGUAUGACAAGAGGUGGAGCUAAAAUUAGAGGAAUGGAUCAACUUGAAUGGUUAACAAAAGUAGUCAAAACUGCUCCUUCACCUGACGCAAGUACGAUACCUAGUAGAGUAGGUUCAACAAGUAGGAAUCCAAGUAGAAGUAGGGGUCAAAGUGUAGAGGGUAAAACAGAUUGGAUAAGUUUGAAAGAUGAAUUAGUAUUACUCAAUAAAGUAUUUCCAAGACCUAGAGUCAAUUUUGAGAAGAUCGACCUCGUUCAAAGGAGAUUGACAAUAUCGAUGCAAGGACCUUGGGCAAAUGGUGAUAGAAUGGCAUUCAUGAGAAUCCAUUGGUCAUUCCCUCCAAGUUAUCCAUACGGACCAGAAAUUCCUGUAUUUGAAUUGGAAAGAAAUCCGACUGUUUCACCUAUCGCCAGGCAAGUAAUUGUCACAGGUAUUCAGGAAAUGCGAGGACAGAAUAAACAAUGUUUAGUCGCAACUACUGGUUUCUUACUUGGUUCUCACGAGAGGGUUGGAAGAAGGUUGAUCGAUGAAGAAAGUGAUUCUGAAAGUGAAAAAGGUGUUGAAAGUACACGAUUGGGUAAUGUACCUAUGUUAAUCAGAACUUGUGGUGCUACUUUUGGACCUAAUGGUCAACUGGUUUGUUUUUUCCCUAAACAAGUCAUCUUACCUCGAACUCGACUUACAUCUCGUUCACCAUCAAUCACACGUGAUUCAAAUCCUUCUCCGAUGUUGAAGGCCAUUACUGCUUUAGCAAGAUUACAAAAUCCACAUAAAAGAAAUAUGAUAAGAUAUAAACCUCGUCUACGUAAAUACGAGAAUGUACCACCACCUCAAAUUCAAGCAGGAUCAACAAUGACCAUUCAUGAUAUAUCAGACAUCUCUCAUUCUCAACCAAAUGCAGAAUUAGCCAAGAGGUAUACCACUACAUCUGUGGAAAUCAAUUUAGCUCAUUCACUCGAAGCGAAAAACCUUGAUCAUGCUGAAAUUUGGUCAACUCUCAAAGGCGUUUUGAUUGAUCCUCCACCUCGUUAUUCAACUUUACCGUCUAUAAAUCGAAAAUCAUAUGAUCGAAGAAGGGAAAGAUCAGAUUGGGAUAAAUCAAUGGUGAGAAAAAAGAAGGUCAUCGAUCAAAUAUUCACCGUUUUGAUGGCCGAAAGGAAUUUUCAACUUCUGGCUCUUGUCUCAUGUAUUUUGCUAGACCACCAAAGAAAUGCCUAUAUCCCUCCUCAAGCAGAAACUCUUCUCACCCGUAGUCCCGAACAAGAUUACUUUACUCUUCCACGUGUAUCCACAACGCAUGUGACACCGACUCGACAACGGACCACUGGAUCAUUACCGCAUAGCCCUACGAACAACUCUGGGUUCCGAACGUCAGGAUGGUCACAAAUGCUAAAUCCAUCUGCCAUCUCAUUGAGGGGAGCAUUGACGCCAAAAGAAAGAACAUCUUUCUCAGAUUUGCCAUUUGCAAAAACUCCCGGUAGUUAUGACGAUUCGUCUUCACCUUCAGGAAUGUCAAUUCCUGGUUUAAGGAGAAUGGACAGCCCGAAACUGAAAGAUAAAGAUAAAGAUAAGAAUAGAUUUGCAAGUUCAAUAUCAGCUUCAGCGUCAGCUUCACCACCUAUCAUUACUCCUCUGAAGAGUUCCGGGACAGAAAGAUCAUAUACAAGUAGUGGUGAUCCUCGUUCCCACAAGGUGUCUUUUGGGUCAGCGUCACCUCUAGCAAGAGGUAUGGGAAGAGCUGCUACCGCAUCUGUAUCGGCUGGAGGUGGUACGGCAACUUAUAAUACUCCAGCAGGUUAUGGUGCUCAGACUCCAAGUGGAUCUGCUGUCGCUAUGGAUAGAAGGAUAAUCAGAACUUGUGCUAUCAAAUUAGAUUUCCCAAGGGAUGAAACUCCACCAAUCUCAUUAUUGUCAGAAGAGAUGAAACCUUUAUGCGAAAUCUGGAAACUUGCUUAUGCAGAUUUCUUAUUGCGUAUGAACUUGCUUGAUAUUCGAACAACAUUGAUGAAUUAUCAGUUUAUUCCACCUGUUCAAAUGGCAACUAGUCGAGCUGCAAGUGGUAUAGAAAUACUGGAGAAGAAGAGAGAUUCACCUAAUCCGGGUGAAAUGCUUUCGCAUUCUCAAGUUUGUGUAUGGUGUUCAAGCCAUAUCGAAGGUCAUUGUCCGACAUGUAAUAAGGUUCCUCAAAAAGCAAUGUGUUCUUUCUGUAGAUUACCUAUCAAAGGUCUUUCAAUGGGAUGCUCAAUUUGCGCACAUAAACUUCAUGCUAAAUGUUUUCAAAGAUAUUUCUUAUCAACUAUAACGACACCAUUAACAUGUCCAGCAUGUACAUGUUCAUGUUUAGCACACAAAGGAAUCUCGACACCAUAUUAUCAAAUUUCUAUAAAUGCGAAACCAUCACCUUCUGUAACAAGAGGGUUCGCAAGAGGUAAUAUAAUACCUGUAUCACCUCCUUCAGACCAAACCCAAAAUCAAAACCAAUAUACAAGUCAAGGAAGGGGUAGAGUAACCUAUGCUAGUUUAGCUAAAUUAGGUAGCAUAAAAGAGGUUUUAAAUCAAAAUGCCUCUACGCCUUCAAGCAAUCAACACCAAUAUCAGAAUGGAGGCGGUAGUGGCAAUCUAGGUGGCGGUGGCGGAGGAAUGGGAGCAUUGGGAUUGAGCCCAGAAGGUGUCGAAGGAAAUCAUGUUGCCAAAGAUCAGAAAAAUGAAGGUUUAUUAGCAAGGGCAAGAUGGGUCGAAGGUGGUUUAUUACAUUGGAAAGCAAGUCAUGCUUGA